ACAGCUCCCUCUCGCCCAUCCACCAAGCUCCAACUCCGUUCACUAUGGCCAGCUGCCCAGACACGACCAUGGAGAUGACCGCCGAGAACCAGGAGGCCGCUGGCGAGGCCUGCGGCCGCAGCUGCCACGGCCGCGGGGCCUACGGCCACGGGGCCUACGGCCACGGGGGCUAUGGCCAUGGGGGCUAUGGCCACGGGGGAUAUGGUCACGGCGGCUACGGCCACGGCUAUGGCCACGGAGGCUAUGGCCAUGGAGGCUACGGUCACGGCGGCUAUGGCCACGGCGGCUAUGGCCAGGCUCUGGGCUACGGCCACCUGAGCACGUACACGCACGCGCAGGGCCACUACGCAUACCCGGCCAAGGGCUGCGUCUCGCCGUGCGCCCCGCGGUGCCCCAAGUCGCCGUGCUGCACCCCAUGCCCGCCGUGCGUGCCCAAGAAGUGCGAGCCGUGCCCGGUCACCAAGUUCAAGGGGUGCCCCUCUCCCUGCCACACCGGCGUCGCCGGAGGCUACGGCGGCUACGGAAGCUACGGAGGCUACGGCUACGCGGGCAAAUACUAAGGAGGGGCCACCGCUCGAGUUGAGUGUCGCCGGUGUCGAGUGGCCACGUGGGCGCGCUGCGCUCACAGCCACACGGGGCAAUCCACAUAACCCGCUGCAAUUUAUUCCACAGCCCCCUGAGUGCCUAACCGCACCCGGGGUGGAGUGGGUGCCGAUUCGCGCGCUGUCUGCCAACGACUUCCAUCCCUCCCCGUCCGUCUGCCGGCUGGCCAGUCGCGCUGGUUGUUUUGAGAGAGUUUGGGGAAAUUUACAACAAGGCGCUUUUUUUCGUCAAAAUCUGUCCCAAAUUAACGGCGUCCCUGUAGGUGCUUUGGAUCUCCCGUGUGGCCUUUAUGUGGGGGGGGGGGUGUAGUUGACUUAUGUUCAGGAAUCGAAUAUUAUUCAAUUCGGAAAGAAAAAAAAGACAACCCAAAACGUAACAUUCAGUUCCUGACAAAGCACCCAGCACGUUCAGCGAAACGUCAGACAUAGCGCCCAAAACAACCCUUAAAACACUCCCACACGCCGGAGAUUCUCACUCUCCCAAAACGCCUUCCAGUCUACCCGAUUUGAUCCUUGAUGGUGAUUUACAGUCAUGGUCGUGUGUGCCGGGACAUGCGUGUGUAUGUGCGUGCGUGCGUGUGUGUUGCUGUGAAUCGACGUGGUGAGUUCAGUUGGGUUUUAAUUGCUCUGUUCGUGGUUUGAGUUGGUCCGCUAAAGUGCCGGUGAUGAACGCCGUCCUGUUUCAGCUUGAAUCAAUCGCUUGU